CCAUCUCCUCUAGGGUUCUAGAGUUCAAUUUCCCGAUUUCUCCAGCAAUCAUCGACCACGCGGAACAACCGUAUGCUUUUGCAGAUUCCCAUAGUUACAUCGUGUGAUUCAGAAGCAUUCCGGAAGUUCUAGAGUUCCUCAGAUGCGUUUCGAUCCGGUCAAUCUCUCGAUGACGCUCUGAAGGACAGGUUCGAGUAAUUCUCGGUUUCUUUGUGCCCGAUUAUUGGAGUUGUUGGUGCUGAGUGUGGGACAAGAAGUGGCACCAGUGAGUUGUGACUGUCAUCAUCGCACUGUUUUCUCGCCGUUUCUCUACAAUACCGUUACAAAAUGGUAAACAGAAAUGCAGCAGAAAAAGCCCUGAAUCUCAUAAGAAGCAGGCUCUGCAACCCUAAUUUCAUCUUCAGGCCUCUCUGCGAUUCUCCUGACAGCAAUUACAGCAAGUUGAAGUUUAUAGUGUCCAGUUCAGUAACGGAGGCAUGCAACAAUUCUGUCUUGCUUCUAGGUCCCCGUGGGACUGGAAAAGUUGCCGUGUUGGAACUUGUUCUUGAAGAUCUGCUUCUGGAAUAUCCUGACAUGAUUACUUUGUCUGGUGGAGUUGUGUUUCAGAUCAGAUUGAAUGGGCUGUUGCACAGCGAUGAUAAUAGCGCUCUCAAGGAAAUUGCUAGGCAAUUAUGUGUUGAGCAUCAGCUAGUAUUCUCAAAGAUGGCUUCAUUUGAUGACAAUUCUGAGUUCAUGAUAGCCAUGCUGAGGGAGUGUGGCCUAGCCCAUAAAACAGUCGUGUUUGUACUAGAUGAGUUUGACCUCUUCACUCAGGGGAAACAACGACUCCUGUAUGCAUUACUUGACGCGAUGCAGUCAGUAACAUCUCAAGCUGUAUUUAUUGGUGUGAGUUGCCGACUGGACGCUGACCAGCUGUUGGAAAAGAGAGUAAAGUCUCGUUUUUCUCAUAGAAAGCUGCUAUUUCUACCUCCAUCCGAAGAAGAGAUAUAUAGGUUAUUAGAUCAUGUCUUGUCUUUGCCAGUGGACUCAAACCUUCCACAUGACUAUGCUAUGGAAUUUAAUGCAAAACUACACAGUAUGUUCUCAGAUGAAAGGUUCCGGCAAAUUAUCGAUUCUUUUAUGAAUUUCAGUCCCACUGUCCGGCACUUGGUGAAGUUCCUAUUCCGGGCUGUCUCUGAUAUGGAUUUGAAGUUGAGUAAUUUAUCUUUUGAGAACUUCAAAUCAGCAAUUUCAAGUUUGCAGAGGCAACCGAAAAUGGAAUGCUUAAGAGAUUGCUCCAUACUGGAGCUCUAUAUUCUCGUUUGCAUGAAGAGGUUGGAAGUGAAAGAACAGAAUUCUUACAGCUUCAGUGCUGUCAUGAAAGAGUACAAAAGCAUUCAUGAUUCAUUCCAGACGUCUGACUAUUACAGUCAAGACGUGUGUCUGCGGGCUUUUGAGCACAUUCUGCAACGCGGAUUAGUUUGUUUUGCGGAUGGCAGAGGGCGUAUUCAGUCUACUGAGUUUCGCCCCGUGAAACUUCUUAUCUCAUUUGCGGAGCUCAGCCAAGGCCUUAAAGCACAUCAUUUAUGUCCUGCCAUUCUUCAGAAAUUAGCAGCUUAACAAGCAGCGGGUCAAAACUGUUUCAUAUGCAGAAGCACGACCAGUCGAGAUGUCAAUCUGAUAUUCCCAUUCCAUCUUGAUUUUGCUUGGUGAUUGACGUUCGUUGGCCGAAAUUAAAGUGUGAUACACAGUGAUAAAGACAUGUUUUGUUUUGAUUAGCUAGUUGCCAGCCCUAAUGCUUGAUGCCAUCUUAAUCUGGCAGUCAACUUUUUGACUAUAACAUCUCUUCUUUAGGUAAUGUCUAUUUGAGAGCAUUUAAAAAUUGUGGGUAAACAUUUUAUGCCAAAUAGAGAGAUAGAUUGUUAUUAUCCGA